AUGGACGCAAGCAACGGAAAACCCAUCACGGUCGAAGAGAUCAGGGCCUUGGCUCAAAAGCGCUUGCCAGCAAAUGUCUGGCGCUAUUACGUUGAUGGUGCUGAUGAUCAAUUGACGACUUUGAGGAACGAAGAAGUAUACAAGAGUCUUGUCAUUCGGCCACGCAUUCUUCGGAAUGUAUCUACUGUUGAUACCUCGACCAAGAUAUUCGGAAAACACUACGACAUACCCAUAACCAUCGCACCGAGCGCAUAUCAACGACUAGCUGGAUACAAUGGCGAAAUAGACGUCGCCCGAGCAGCUUUUGCCCGCGGCACCAAUAUCUGUCUUUCUUCCAACGCCACUACAUCCCUCGAAGACGUCACCCAAGCCCUGCCCUCACGCGACCCAAAGUAUCCUAAACCAUGGUUCCAACUAUACUUUGUUCGUUCUCGGGCCAUAACGAAGGAGCUUAUCACUAGAGCAGAACAGGCUGGCUAUGAAGCCCUCGUUCUGACGGUGGAUACAACAACCAUGGGAAAUCGCUUGCAUGAGCGCAAGAAUCCGUUGAAGUUGCCUGCUAACUUGAGCAUGGCCAACAUGACUACCAUCAAAGGUGGUGGCGCGUCGAAGGGUAGAUUGAUUCUGAACGCGGAGACAGCAGAGGAGGCUGCAAAGAUUGAGAGGGAGCAUUCAGAUCUUCUUGUCGACUCGGCCUUAACUUGGACCGAGACAAUCCCCUGGCUCCGAUCUCAAACAUCCAUGAAGAUUAUUCUCAAAGGAGUCCUCACAGCUGAAGAUGCCCUCCUGGCAGUGGCAGCAGGUGUCGACGCGAUCAUCGUGUCAAACCACGGAGGUCGUCAACUCGACAGUGUUCCCGCAACACUAGAGGCUUUACCCGAAGUUUCCGAUGCUGUAAAGGGCCGUAUCCCAGUUUUGUUUGAUGGCGGAAUCAGUCACGGCACAGAUGUCUUUAAAGCUUUAGCUCUAGGGGCAGACAUUUGUCUUUUGGGAAGGUCAGCUUUAUGGGGCUUAGCUGUGAAUGGACAACAGGGCGUAGAGACGGUGUUGAACAUCCUGGAGAGAGAACUGUGGCGUACAAUGGCGCUGAGUGGCGCUGCGUCAAUUAAAGCUAUUUCAAGCUCAAUGCUGGGGGUGAGGAAAGUUGGUCCAGGCUUCGGUAUCGCAAAGCUAUAA